AAUGAGCGUAGAAACAAGGAGGUGGUCAUAAUGUUAUGUCUGAUCGGUGUAUUUACUCGAGAAAUUAUUUCUAUCAUUCUCACAGCACAACAAAUGUUGUUUUCUAGAGAUCUCAAGAUAUUUAUGCCAUUAUCAUGACCUAAUAGAUGUUCUCUCAGUGAAACACUGUCUGUUAUGUUGUGAUAAUGGUAUAAAUAACUGGAGAUCCUGAGAAACCAGCACUGGUUUUUCCCAUGAUAAUGGCAUAAAUAUCACGAGAUCUUGAGAAAACAAACAAAGAUACCUUGUUAUCGCGGAAAAACAGUUAAAGAAAAGCAAAGCCCCUAAAUGGUGAUUAUAUUGUAAUAAAGUGUGACCACAAAUAAAUAUAUUGAGGCCAUGAACGUUGUUUUCUAGAGAUUUCGAGAUAUUUAUGCCAUUAUCAUGACAUAAUGAAUGUUCUCUCAGUGAAACACUGUCUUAUGUUGUGAUAUUGAUAUAAAUAACUGGAGAUCUUGAGAAACAAACAUCGUUUUCCCAUGAUAAUGGCAUAAAUGUCAUGAGAUCUUGAGAAAACAAAUAAAGAUAACUUAUCACGGAAAAACAGUUAAAAAAUCACCUAUGUGGUGAUUAUUUUUUAAUAAGGUGUGGCCACAAAUUAAUACACUGAGGUCGUGAAUUGAUAUAUUAAUGCCAGUUACGUUGCUCGUGGCCACGUGGUCUCAAUAUGUUAAUUCAUGGGCACCAGACACUUAACUCGUGGCCUCAAUAUAUUAAUUUGUGGCCUUAAUAUAGCAAUGUGUGGCUUAAAAAUACUCGCCAUGUCACCUUAGGGGCUCGCGCAUGGAGAAAACACAAACCGAGCUGAGCGAGUGCUGGGAGGCGCGCGCGCACACACGCGCACGCGCGCACACCGGGAGCGCGCGCCUCGCCGGAGUUUUCUUCAGAGACGCGAGGCGUUCAGAGUUCAUUCAGAGAGCAGCGGCGCUCCGCGCGGAGUCGGAGCCUCACAGAGGACAGAAACAUCUGCGAACUGUUCAGAGUCACUUCUGCGGAAUCCUACACCGUUUUUUCAUUGACUGAAGGAUUGAUAUCUUUAUUUCGUGCGCACGUGUCACAAGAAGAUGCACUGCUGCCGUUGCAGCCACUGUUUUGUCUGAAAUGAGAGUCUCGAGCCCGUUUUGGCCGUUUGGACUUUGCGUGUUGAGCCUGGACGCUGAGGACUAAAACAGCCGGACCGAGCCGAACCCCGACCACUGGAACGCCCCCCCACACACUCCCACACCUGCUCCGGGGAUGCUCUCCGGUUCUGACGGGCGCAUCGCUUUCGGUUUGGCGGUCCGGUAGCGGAGAGAGGCGAUGAGAGGAGCGCUUUGCUGCCUACUUGCCUGCUGCCUCUCUGUCUUACACACCAGCGCUGCUGCUGCUGAGGCUGAGUCGAUUCCCCGAGAGCUGAUCGAGAGACUCUCCAGCAGCGAGAUCCGCAGCAUUAGCGACCUCCAGCGGCUCCUGGAGUCAGACUCCCUGGAGAAUGAGGCAGUUCAGGAGACUAAAUGGCAGUACCUUAAAGAGGGUUUCUACGACGGCACCGACCUCAAGAGCUCGUACACGCACCCCAGACGCAAGAGGAGCAUCGAGGAGGCAGUCCCAGCAGCGUGUAAGACUCGGACGGUGGUGUAUGAAAUUCCACGCAGUCAGGUGGACUCCACGGCAGCAAACUUCUUUAUCUGGCCUCCGUGCGUGGAGGUGACCCGCUGCUCCGGCUGCUGCAACACCAGCAACAUGCGCUGCCACCCCAUCAAAAAGACACACAGGACUGUCAAGGUGGCGAAGGUAGAGUACGUGCGCAGGAGGCCGAAGCUGCGGGAGGUGCAGGUGCAGCUGGAGGAUCAUCUGGAGUGUGUCUGCGUGUCCAAACACCACACAGAGUCUCGCUUACACUCAGAUAUAAGGUGAGCGUGACUCGAUUAAGGCGAGCGAGAGGGCGAUAAAGAGGACCGAAUGCCUCAUCCAAUCAGAAUCACUGGUUCUAUCUGACAUCAGCCGGCGAAAACAAUCUAUAACUGACUCACUGGCUGUGGUUUGAUGUGGACCGCUGUAAAGGUUUGGAUUUUUGGACUGGACAUUUUUUUUUUGGACUUUGGACGUGUGCCAUGAACAGAGGCGAAUGGACAAUGGACUCAUAGGAGUUUGCCUCAUUGAUGGGAUUCCAUGGCACAGCCUCAGCAUGGACUCAUAAUGGACGGUCAUAUCUGAUAUAUCUGGUACAUCUCAUUUCCGCUCGUGUCGGAUCUGUCUGCGAUAAUGGAGCCUAUAACUCAACGUUUCACUUCUGUAACAAGAUUUCGUCUUUCCAACAAACUUUUUUCAGUAUAUACUUUAUUUUUGUAGCCCCGUUUUCUAUCGAGACUGAUUUGCUCUGGUAUGUACAGUAGAACAAGCAGCCAAACUCUCAACAGUAACCGCUACUAAUAAACUAUUUAUAAAUGCAGUGCCGUGUUGGUCUUUUACUGCCAUUUUCAGGUCGAUUAACUUUGUCUGAAGAGUAGAUGUAGAAAUAAUGUACUGGAGCUACAGUGUUAAUGCUUAGGCUGCAGCUUAGUUUGGAAGUGGGGUCAGCGCUCGGAACUUUCAGCCUCCAAAAUGGGAAAAAAUGGUGUUUUGAGGCCUGAAUUUUGUCUGUCUGUCAUACAGUGUCAGAAAACACAUAAGCUAAUCUAACUAUGUAUACAGUUUUCAAAAUAUGUGUCAAAAUGUGCACCUCUUUGUUUCUACUCACUGUCACUGCAGUACUGAGAAUGACCCACCACCCAAAUAGUACCUGCUCUGACCUUUAAAGAACAGGGUAAAAGGGGGCUGACAAAGUAUGCAGAGAAACAGAUGGACUACAGUAGAACUACAGUUUGCCUGAUGCUAAUUGGUGGAGUUUAAGCUU